GUGCCUCGGGGGCGCGCCUGGGCCUGGAGUUUCCCCCUUGAGUUCCAAAUCGCGCCUCAGAGAGUGAGAGUGGAAGGGAGCGCGCCUGGGCCUCUCUCUCUCUCUCUCUCUCUCAGCCAGGCCUCUCCGGGCAGAGCUGAAAGGCGGCCUUUGGCAUGCGACGAUGGAAGGCCAGCAUAAUCAUCCGCAUCAUCUAGGGGACCAGAACAACCCGCUCUGCAAAGUGGCAACCCAGGACUACCAGCAUGAGGCACAACAGAGACAUUUGACCACCUACCCAUACCGCUGCACCUUGGCAGACUUUCAGAUCGAAAAGAAGAUCGGAAGGGGUCAGUUCAGCGAAGUCUACAAGGCCACCUGCCUUCUGGACAGGAAACCAGUGGCGCUCAAGAAAGUGCAGAUAUUUGAAAUGAUGGAUGCCAAGGCGAGACAAGAUUGCAUCAAAGAAAUAGACCUUUUGAAGCAACUGAACCACCCCAACAUCAUCAAGUAUUUGGAUUCCUUUAUCGAGGACAAUGAGCUCAACAUUGUACUGGAACUGGCCGAUGCAGGUGACCUCUCUCAGAUGAUUAAGUAUUUUAAGAAGCAGAAGCGGCUAAUCCCGGAGCGGACGGUUUGGAAGUACUUUGUGCAGUUGUGCAGUGCGGUCGAACACAUGCACUCCCGCCGGGUGAUGCACAGAGACAUCAAGCCGGCCAACGUGUUUAUCACAGCGACUGGAGUGGUGAAGCUGGGAGACCUGGGACUGGGCCGCUUCUUCAGCUCCAAAACCACUGCUGCACAUUCCUUAGUGGGAACACCCUACUAUAUGUCCCCCGAAAGAAUACAUGAAAACGGAUAUAAUUUUAAAUCGGAUAUCUGGUCCUUGGGCUGCUUAUUGUACGAGAUGGCUGCUCUUCAGAGUCCUUUCUAUGGCGAUAAAAUGAACCUGUUUGCCCUCUGCCAAAAGAUCGAGCAGUGCGAUUACCCACCUCUUCCGGCCGAACAUUAUUCAGAAAAGCUGCGAGAGCUGGUCAGCAUGUGCAUAUACCCGGACCCGGACCAGAGGCCCGACAUUGGCUACGUGCACCAGCUGGCCAAACAGAUGCACGUCUGGACCUCCAGCACUUGAGGAGCCGCCCGUCCUUUGUCCGCCUGCCCGGUGCGCUCCGACACAAGCCAUCCCAGCGUAGUCUUACUUGAACCUUCUGUCUCAGACGAAACCGAGAGGUGCCUCGCCAAACGCGCGCAGGAGAGUGGAGCCUUCCUCGGAAGAGGCUCCGCGGCUUCUGCCGGCCAUUUGCAGGGCGCUCCCGGCGCGGACCCACUCUCCGCCAGGGCUGCGAGGCGCCGCUGCAAGUGUGCGUUUUGCUUUUGACAAAGCCAAUAACAUGUUGUUACAGAUGUAGAUCACUUUCAAAGAUCCUUUCUUAAAACUGUUUUGUGUGUAAUCUAGGUUAGGCUUUCCUAGGCAAGGGUUUCUCAUUUUGUGUAUCGGACACACACACCCCUUGUUAUCUUAACUAAUGUGAACUAUUGAAAUAAUUCCUUUGGUGAAAUCACUUUAUUACUAAUGUAAGAAUAACCAUAGAUUGUGUGCGUGUGUGUGCGCGCGUGCGUGUGUGUGUAAUUUGUAUAAUAACUGCUACUUUUGCCUCUUCUGCCAAUGGUUAAUCGCAAGUUCAGUUUCUAAAAGAUAUAUAUUUUUUAAAUCCAACUUUAGAACGACGUAUUUUGCAAUGCAUGUUGUCAGUAUGGCUGCAAUCCGUCUGCGAGCGAGGGGCGUGUUGCAGGCCUCCAACCAAAGCUCUCUUUUGUCCGUUCCCGGUCCCGCGCUGGCACAGAUACGACACACAUCUCCGUAGCCGUUCUUACACAACCAGUGUGACUGUAAGCAGGAUCCCGGGGCCGAGCGAGAGGACCUUUUGUGCAAAAUCCAUGGUGAAAACCCAGCCACCUUAACAGUGUUGUUGACAUUUUACAAAAAGGGGAUUCCAUUCAUCGCGGAAUGCAGUCAGUCCAAGAAAACGUUCUUUCAAACUUAUUUACUGUGAACACUCAUUUGACAAAUGUGAAUAGUUUAAACAAGCCGAUUUGAAGGAAACGGUAAAGACUUAGGUUUAAGUCGGCCAAAUCGGUUAAUUGGCUCGGCGGUCGGAUCUCCAUUCGCCGCCACUUUGCAAAAGCGGUGACAAGCCAAGUUUCCCUGCUGCGUUUGGAGGGACGGUGCUCAGUUGGUUUCAGUGUUUCUGAAGGAUGCGAGGGGCGCGCGGCAUUGCGGGGCUCCGGGUUUUCCCCUUUUCUGGAAACGCAGGGAUUUCUGUGGCUCAUUCACUCUGUGGCUUACUACGUGGCGUAGAAACAAUCCUUGAGAGGGUUAAUACCAGCGCUGAAUUGCUGUGGCGGUCUCCUCCCUCCAGAAAGUCCAGCCUAUUAAUCUCAUUCAAGUCGGUAAAUUUCAGCUCUGUUGCGAAUACCGCAGUCGAGUAUCUUCUUCAGCUCUGUGCUCCAAAACUGUUUGGGCGGUCUCUCCUUUCUCUCAGAGGAUCCAGAGAGAGCCUCCUUCAAUCGACACAAUUUAGUAUUUGGGGUUUCUUCGGGGGCGGGAUGUGCGACAUUUGGUUUGUCGCUGGCUUUUGGGAAGCUUCCGGUUCCAGGUCGGCCUCUGCCCAGCCUGGCCUCUCUCGCUUGCUCUGUCAGGUCUCCUUUGCGCUUCGGGUCAAGGCAUUUCCAAAGAUGUUGCUUUUCCUUUUCCUUUUAUUGGCAACUGUGCAUUUUUAGAUAAGAUUUAAAUGAUUUACAAAAUAAAAGUUUUUCUUUGUAAAAAUCAAAAA